GCAUGGAAGCAAAGCAAAGGUCGAGUAUGGCGGCAAGCCCAUCCCUCUAUCAUAAAAACCCAUGUCAAACCCAUACAAAAACCGCUUACUCCAAAAUAAGAGAGAGAAAAAUAAGACAUGGGUUUUAACGUGGCCUAAAAUCUGAGAAAACCCACCACAAAAGAAAUCUUUUUUUUUUUUUGCUGCAGAAUCAAAAAGUUUGUCUGUAGAUUUGGGUGUGUGUGUGAGAGAGAAGGGUUUGUGUUGUCUGAAGAGUACCAUUUAAGGAAAGGAGUUAGUUUAGUUAAGAUUUAGUUUAUCAUUUGUUAUCACGGGUUUAAGGUUUUAAUGUGAAAUGGAUAACUUUGGCGUCUCAGACAAGAAAGAAGAAGCAAUCGAAAACAACAACAACAAUAAUAAUACUAAUAUAAAAGCUUGUACAAAUAGUAGUCACGUUCUUGGGUUGGGUGUGGAGCUGCAGAGUAGAGAAUCAUUGCCUAAUAAGUCGAUGAGAAUGAUGAUGAUGACGAAGAUGAUGAUGCUUGAUCAUCAUCAAACACAAGCUAAUCACAACCGUCUAUUUCAAUCUUCCCAAAUAGGGGUUUCUGAUGGUCCUACUACUACCACUGCUCCUACAAACUCAAACUCAACCACAACACCAACACCUAAGACUAAUGAUUAUAAUAAUAUCUACGGUCUCGUUGGUUCUUCUCCUGUUGUAUUUGGUGCCGGUGCAGCUGUAAAAUCACCUCUGCAGCAGCCUUUUAAUACUUAUUGUUCUUCUUCUUCUUCUUCUUCUAUUACUACCACUGCUACUCCUGCUGCUGCGGCUCCUGUCUCUUACACCACCGCCUUAAGAUCUCCAGGUGGAGUCAUGGCGGCGUCCGUGGGGUUUCCUUUCACUAAUGCACAGCUGAAAGAGCUGGAGAGACAAGCCAUGAUAUUCAAGUACAUGGUGGCUGCUGUCCCUGUUCCCCUUGAUCUUCUCCUUCCAUUUAACAGAACCAUGACUGGCUCAGCAAUCCCCAUCCAUUACCCAUUUGGGGGUGAAUACAAGCUGAGAUUUUCAAAUGGUACAGAUGCUGAGCCAGGGAGGUGUAAGAGAACUGAUGGCAAAAAAUGGAGAUGCUCUCGUGAUGUGGCGCCGGACCAAAAGUACUGUGAGCGUCACAUGCACAGAGGUCGUCCCCGUUCAAGAAAGCAUGUGGAAGUUCAAGUCAACAACAACAUCCAUAACAACAACAACAGCAACAGCAGUAAGAGAACUCGUCAUGAUAAUCAACAACAGACUCUUUUAGCUUCAUCUUCUGCUAGUUUAGCAACUUCUACUGUUACCAAUCCUCAAUGUCAUCAAAGUCACUUCCUUGGAUCAUCUACUACUGCUCUCCCAUACCAUCCUUCUCCUGUUUUUAUGGACAAACCGGUUUUUGAAUCUAUGCCAUCUCUUUCUGCAGACAAGGAAGCAAGGAGCAUGGAGUGGAUGAUGAAAGGAGAAGCUGUAACCAUGGCCGCUUCUGAUCCAAGAUGGCUUCAUCUUAUGCAGUCCAAAAUGGAACUACCUUCAAAGUCCUCUUUCUGUGACAACAAUAGUUCCUCCAUCUUUAGCCAACAAGAGGAGCCAUUUCUGAACCUGAAUUCCUAUGGGAGUUUUGGUACAGGAGAAGUUGAACAAGACAGAGAGUGUGCUUUGUUCCUUAACCCUGAAGAUGUGUCUUUAGAUAAUCAGCAGACCAAUUCUGAUACCCCAAGAAGUUUCAUUGACGCAUGGUCAAAGACAAACAUGGGAGAAACCAUGGCUCACAGUUGUAGUAGUGUCAACCAAAGCUCUGUUUCAUCACAGGGGAAGCUGUCACCCUCUUCACUCACUCUAUCAAUGGGGGGCUAUGGCUCCAUGAAUGAUGAAAUGGGUAGGACUCAGAUUGGUUCUGGGUUCAAUGGAAGUGAUGAUACUAAACCCCAUGUCUCAAGCUGGUUGACCCCUGCUUCUUGGGCUACUGCUGCUUCACCCCCAGGUGGUCCAUUGGCUGAGGUUCUGAGAUCCAGCUCAUUGACUGCCACAACUAGUGCUGCAUCUGAUCCAUCUUCACCAUUCCCCGGGAAUGGAGAUUCCGGUAGUCCCCCGGCGACUGCUGUUUCUUCACCAUCUGGGGUUCUUCAAAAAACGGUCACAUCACUGUCUGAUAGCAGUGGUUGUAGUAGCCCAGGUCCUGGAAGUUCAAAGGUCAAAGCAGAGAUUGCCUUGCUUUAAGUUUGGAAUCAGAUAUAAUAAUCUUCAUAAUACUAGUCCUGAAAAAGACUUGGACCAACAGUGUUUUGUGGUAAAGUUUUAAAAAAAAAACUAAGGGUCUGAUUUGGUUUGUCAUUUUAAUCAAGUAACUUUUAGUAAGAGAGGAUUCUUUAUUUGAUUAUGAAGUUGUGUAUCUAAGUAGAGUUAUUUCUUUGCUAUCUUUAUUAGAAUACUCUGUCCCCCUUUUGUUGCCAAGAUUGUGUAUAUUACUAUGUUUGUUCUUUCUUGCAAUGGUAAUGGCUUUAAGUAAAGCCAGUGCCAAGCAUACUGUGUUGACUGUACUUGGGGGCUUACUACUUUGUCUGUGUUUUGUUGGACAAGAAAAAACUAUAUGUGCAUUUGACUUAAUAAUAGUCUCAACUUUCAACUGA